AUGCAAGAGGCGACUUCCCCUCCAUCCGCCAUCCCCAGCUUUCAACGUCCGAGAACGGCGUCAGGAUUCCGCGCCAACAGCUCAAACCAGUCAGCAAAAGACUCUUUGAGUGCACAUACGGCCAUGGCACCCCUCAAAGCCACGCCUAGGGCAUCUGGAUCCUCCCAGCUGUUUUUGGCGGCUCCUGAAGCCGCCUUCAAAAUUGCACAUCAACGCGUGUUUGUGGAUGUGGACCUCGCGAACCACUCGCUGGUCGGGUACACGGAGAUUAUUCUCAUCCCACUUAGCGACAGGCUCGAGUUUGUGACGCUGGAUUGUAAGCAGAUGAACGUGACAGGCGUCAUCGUCGAGAACCGGCGCUGUGACAACUAUAUCCACGACGACCCGUACAGGUGGUACGCCGAGAAGUACAGUAAGGGCCAGCUACUGGAUUCCCCACUCUACCGCUGCAACUCCGUUGAGCAGUCACAUUUUCUGCGAAACAAGUUCUCGGAGCUCAACCACGCGUCGGAGAGCACGGACUCUAACAGGUCGCAGCUAACCAUCCGCAUCCCACCCUCCGUUAAAAUAACGCUCCAGGACGCAAAUGCAGUGUCGUUCACCCCCAUCACCCCCUCCAUCCGCACCCCAGCGCAAGACACGAUAUACUCUCCAAUUACCAUCCGCAUAAACUACGAAUUGCACAACCCCACCACCGGCUUACAGUUUGACACUUCGAGGGAACAGGCCCUAUGGAAUGCGUGCACAACAAACACAGAGCUGAAUAGCAGUGCAUCGCACUGGCUGCCGUGCGUUGACACUUUGGAAGAAAAGUGCACUUGGGAACUCGAAUUCAGCAUUCCCAAAAAAGUUCGCGACAUUGGAACUUCCAACAUAGUAGGAGCAACUCAACCUAGAAGGCACAGGCGAAACCCCAAUACGCCUGGCCGCGACAACGAGCACGAUACCGAUAGUGGUAUCGACAAUAUCGACAACGACGGCCAUGACGCGGACAACCGAAACCAGAAUGAAGACGACGAUGAGGAGAUGGACGAAGAGGACGAAGAAGAUAACCCACUAAACAGGGAAAUGGUGGUAUGUUGUUCAGAAUUCUCUUCCGGCAAAGAGGUCCCACAUCCGACCGAUUUAUCGAGAAAGGUGGCUUCGUUUCAAAUUUUCAAUCCAGUAGCACCCCACCACAUUGGCUGGGCUGUCGGGCCUUUCCAAACUUGGGUUCUGCCGCAGGUCAAGGCUCAGGAGGAACCGGAGGAAGAUCCUGAUGAGCCUUACGCCCCAGUUCAAAAUCAAGAAGAUGAGGAAAGAGAUGUUAUUCCAAUUCAAAUAUACACACUGCCUAGUCCGGAUGUUGAUGAAAGAACUAUUUUGAAUUCCACGUUAGUCACUCAUGAGAUUCUGGAUUUUUAUUCCAAGGAAUUCGGUUCUUACUCCUUCACUUCUUAUUGCCUACUCUUCCUGCCUUCGAUAGCGGGGGAUCAUAUGGAUUUCGCAGGCGCAACGUUCUGCAACACGAGACUACUCUAUCCGCCCGAGGUAAUAGACCCCACAUUCACGACAACAGACAAGCUGACUUGGGCCUUGGCGGCACAAUGGGCAGGAGUCAACGUUACGCCAUUGGACAUGAAUGAUAUGUGGUGCUGCAUAGGUAUGGCAGGAUACAUGGCUUUACAAUUUUCCAAACACUUGAUGGGCUUGAAUGAGUUUAAAUAUAGGGUCAAGUUGUUAUCGGAGCAAGUUGUGGAGCAAGAUUGGGAGAAGCCACCAAUGGCAGACUCGUUUACGCAAGCAUCAAUGCCCAUUUCUUCAUUAUCAAAGCAACUGCAGUUUAUAAAACUGAAGGCACCAAUCGUUCUUUAUAUCCUUGAUCGCAGGAUGACUAAAACUGAGCGAUCAUUUGGCAUGUCUCGAGUUUUACCCAAGAUUUUCUUACAAGCCAUGUCUGGUGAUCUGCCUAAUAGCACUCUGUCAACAGCACACUUUCAACACGUUUGUGAGCGUGUCAACAAGAACAAGUUAGAAAACUUUUUCAAGGAAUGGGUCUAUGGGUCCGGGGUUCCUAUAUUUCGGAUCACUCAGCGGUUCAAUAAGAAGAGAAUGGUGGUUGAGAUGGGGAUUAGACAGUGCCAGGUUCAAGAGCUUGGUUUAGGGAAAACGGUCGGUGAUGAAGGGUUUAGCUCGAGUGCUAUGAAUCAUCUUUGUUCUCCGAAUAAAAACUUAACGCCAGUAUUCACAGGAUCAAUGACAAUCAGGAUUCAUGAAGCUGAUGGCACACCUUAUGAACACAUAGUUGAACUGAAGGAUACCUUCACUAAACUCGACAUUCAGUAUAACACCAAAUACAAGAGAUUGAAAAGGAGACGAAAGAUCAACAAGACUGCCAAGCAGGAAGGCAAAGACCCUACGCCUGCAGAAAAUCCUGACGUGCUGGUUGCUGAAGACGAAAACGAAGAUAUCGUUUUGGUCAAUUGCCUAGGUGAUGUGCUUUUGAGUGCUAAAGACUGUAACCAGUGGAACCUUACAGAUCCUAUGGUUACUAGCGAGGGCGAUGAGUUCCAGCAACAAAAUGAGGCCUUUGAAUGGAUCAGAAUUGAUGCUGAUUUCGAGUGGGUGUGCAAAAUACACAUUAAUCAGCCGGAUUACAUGUUUGCAUCUCAGCUCCAGCAAGACAGGGACGUCGAGGCCCAAAUCGAUAGCAUACGAUUUUUCGAAGAUGUCGUCGUAAAUUCCAAUGUGAAUUCAAUGGUCUACUCAUCGAUCCUCACCCGAACAGUAAUGGAUGAAAGGUACUUCUACGGUGUUAGAAUUGAAGCCUGUAGAGCACUCUCGAGAUUCAUCAUGCAACAGCCAAAUACUGACAACUUCUCGGGUGGUGCAAGACAUUUGAUUAAGAUUUUCCAAUACUAUUUCUGCUACGAGAACUCUAACAUCCCGUUUGACAACGACUUCUCAGAUUAUCAGAGAUACUUCCUGCAGAAGGCUAUCCCUCAACUACUUGCAGAAGUAAGGAACCAGAAUGAUGUUUGUCCAAGAUACGUUAAGCGGUUUUUGCUUGACAUACUGAGGUAUAACGAAAAUGGAGACAACAGCUACUAUGAUACCCACUAUGUUGUGACAUUAAUCACAAGCGUCGUCACCAGCGCACUACAGGAUCCCGAAGACGCUUCAUUUUACCAGGAUCUGCUCCACGAACUAAGGCGCUUCAAGAACUUAGAUCAGUGGAUUCCAUCUUAUCAACUUCUCGUAACAAAAUGCAUUAUGAUCCAGCAUUUGAGAUUGGCAAUUGAUGGAUUCUACGUUUUCGACGAUAUCGCCAACAUCUUAGAGUACACCGUUAAAGAAAAACUGAAUUCCACAUCAGAGACCAGCUUCCACGCGACCGAGGGCUUGCAGGAUCUGCUUUUGACAUCGUUUGAAGUUUUGUUAGUUGACGGGGGCAUAAAGAACAAAGAAGCCUUAAAGCUCUUCUUUGAGUAUAUGCUAUUACAUCCAGAUCCUUACGUUAGAACACAACUCAUUAGCGUAUUGGUUGACUCGAUAGACUUCAUUGCUACGAAGAGAUAUCUAGAAGAUCUGGAUGACGACAUAGAUAGCAUCCACACCACCAUAAAUCUACCAUCAGGCAUGGAAAGCGGCAAAUUGGGAGACUCCAACAUCAUAAUAGAAAACUACAGCGCGGAAGCUUCAAGCAAAAGAGAAACUCAAAUGAGAGCAAGCAUUGGCGGCCUCAUCACUCUGAUGCGCCGGAGAUUUGCUUCAUAUGCACCUUUGAAGCAGAUUAUAUGGGAUAGCUUGCACUCACCAUUAACAAGCGUUUAUCAGAAGAAGUGUUUGUUUGACGUUAUACGAGUCAUUUACAAACUGCAAGAUAACUUCUACGUUACCUUGCCAAUCCCAAGAGACAGGAGGCUCGUGGCCAAAAACAUUGGUAACGGCAUUGUUAAGAUUCGCAGGGAAGGGAUCUUGAAGAUAAACCUUGCGCCGAAAAUUAAGAUUAACUCUAAAAGGAAGCCUCCAGUUAGUACCAAAAGCUCUUCAGUAAAAUUGAAACUUAACCUCCCUAACUCAAAAAAGUCAAGCACGCCAUCCAGACGACAGUCGAAUCCUUCAGUUAACUCCUCCCCUUUACCUCGCAAAAAACAGAAAAUUGUCAGGAGCUCUGUUACUAAAAUCGGCUCUCUACCCCUCAGGUUUGUUAAGAUAUCGUCUUCAAGAGGCACAGUGGAUGUUUCUGCAGCUCAGUUCAAUGAAAACGUUACAAUCGUUAAGUCAAAUGCUAGAGCACUGGUAAUGAAGAUAAAGAUGCCUCGUGGAUCCAAAAAGGAGGAAGAUUCCUAA